UUCUUUUCCCAGGCCUCUCUGCAUUUGCUUUCUAUUUCUGAAAACUACACAACGAAUUUUUCUUUCUAUGUUUUUAUUUUUUUCUUCUUUGAAUAAUUUAUGACCAGUUGUUAACGUCUGCGCGUGAAUUAAAGUACAUGUAUAUAAGCUCAUGAUGUGUUUCUUUAUGAUCCUGCAAGAUUCAUUUUGAUUAAUCAGAAUUCUGGAUUCAUUAGUUUUUCAUGACACUUAUCUGUAUGCCCAUUAACUGUUUGUUGAAAUGCCUUAAUGAGCCGUGUUAAGAGUAGCUCUUUGUGAAUUUACAAGCAAGAGAAUGCAUACUAACUUCUUACACAUGUUUGUAUGUUGGUAUAUGCAGGAAAUGUGUUCAUUUUAGCUUUAAUUUUCGCUAGAAGAGUGAGUCUUCCUUCUAGGGACAUAUGUAUAUGCUUGUUUGUUGGUAGAUAUCUUCAUUUAUUGCCACACGAGGCCUGACAUCAAUGUUGAAGAAAUUUAAGUCCAUGGUGGGCGGGGGACACAAUGUGAUCAUCACACAAUAAUUUGAAAUCUCACCAUGUGAUGAUAAAUCAAGGACACACUUAAAUAUUUCAUUAUCUACAGAGAAUGAAGGUUCUGCGAAGCCUUGAGGUCUGGAAAAUGGGCUCCAUUAACUACUUGAAUGCACUUAAGCUGCAGGAAAAGCUGGUCUCUGAUAGAAAAACUCAUAAAAUUCCAGAUACUCUCUUGUCCCUGCAACAUCCACCUACAUAUACCCUUGGCAAGCGGCGGACUGAUCACAAUUUGUUAAUUCCUGAGCCUGACCUUCAAAAGAUAGGAGCUGAACUUCACUACACGCAAAGAGGAGGAGACAUUACAUUUCAUGGUCCACAUCAAGCCAUUUUGUAUCCCAUUAUUUCUCUUCGGGAUGUUGGACUUGGUGCUCGUAAUUAUGUGGAGAAGCUUGAGUUAACUAUGAUUGAAUUGGCCUCUCUAUAUGGUGUGAGAGCUCGUGCUGGUCAAACGGGUGAGACUGGGGUCUGGGUUGGAGAGAGAAAGAUUGGUGCCAUUGGGGUUCGAAUUUCAUAUGGGAUCACCUCUCAUGGGUUGGCAUUCAACAUUGAUCCUGAUUUGAACUAUUUUAAGCAUAUUGUACCUUGUGGGAUCGCCAAUAAAGAAGUUACAUCUUUGAGAAAGGAGACAGAUUCUGUGCUUCCUGCUGAAGAAGUAAUUCAUGAGCAGUUAAUUUCUUGUUUUGCUAGAGUUUUGGGUUAUAGUAAUCUUAUUUGGAAGGAGAAUGGUUCGAUUUUGUCAGACAGUGUAGAAAAUUGAAGGAGAUGGCUAUUGUAUGACAGACAAUUCUUCUAUGUACCUUUGUACUCUACGAUCAAUUUAUUCAUUGAAAUACGAUUGAUAAGAAAUUUAAAUGUAUUUUUCUUUCGAUA